GCGGGAAGUUGCCGACCUACGAAGACGUAUCUGUUGUUUACUUUUGUUGCUUAUGUUAUCAUCGAAAAAAGAUAUAAGAUUUCAAACCAAUGCGAAAUUUUGAGCAUAUUGAUUAUAUAUAAUAGGUCCUAAAGUGGAUUAAGGUCAAUGGAUUUCGACCAGACUCAAGCGAUACAGUUAUCUUUUGAAGAUGAAACAGAUGAUGAAGAUAAUAGAUCUUCUAAAACACCAGUUUCCUAUCUGAAGGUGUUCAAAUAUAAAGAUUUACCAGAAAAAGAAUAUCCACUUUAUGAAGGUGAAAAUAUUAUCGGCAGAGACGAAUCAUGUAAUAUUUGUAUACCAACAAAAGCAUUGUCUAAACAGCAUGCUUGUAUUGAAGUAAAAGGAGAUAGUCAUUUAAUCUACGAUAAAAAAAGCUUGAAUAAAACUCGCAGGGGAAAGUUAUUUCUACAGCCUGAUGUGCGAUACGAGUUAAAGCACGAAAAUAAGUUGAUAUUCGCUGAUAUAGAAUGUGUUUAUAAACUAUAUAUAAAGGCUGUAAAUGAAAGUGGAUCUGAGACAGGAUCCGAGUCUAUGUUAAACGAUGUAGUUAGCGGUAAUAACAAUAAUAAAGCCAAACUCUCAUCACCGACUAUAAAUGAGGAAGAUUAUAACGAUGAUAGCAAUGCCAGUAGUGACAUACUUCAACCAACACAGUGUUAUGAACCAACACAGCAAGUAUUAAAGGCAUCAAGGUCACGAGUGUACGCAGCUGAUUCAGAUGAUGACAGUUUUAUCAGUGGUAAUAAUACGACGAGAGGUAAUUUAACAGUAAAAGAUACACCAAUAUCAAGAAAAUAUUUAGAUAAAAGUGAUGACCAUGUUCUGCCUGAAAGUGGAUCAGAGACAGAUAAUGAAGAGAUACCACGUGGAAUAUUGAACGCACCAACUCAAGCUUGUAUAAUGGAAAGUGAAACGGAAGAAGAUGAAGAAGAUGAUGUGAGAAGUAAAGAUUUAUUAAAUGCUGCUACUCAGGCAUGCGCUACAGCUGUCCUAGAAUCUGAUGAAGAAGAAGAAGUUGAUGAACUUACUGUCGAUCUUAAUGCUCCAACACAAGCAUGUCCUGGUGCUGCUGACACUACAGAUGAUACAGAUACAGAAGAAGGACCUAGUGCAACAGUAGCUUACACCAUGGAUGCUGAAACAAGUAGAAAACCUAAAUCUGGUAUUGGUAAAUUAUCACCCAUCCCUAAAUCAAAGAAUACAAAAAAGAAAAUUCCUGAAAGGACAGCGGCCACAAUACCUUACACCAUGGAAGCAGAUAUCAGCGGUGUUGCUGAGACUCAAAGUUUUAUAGCCAACGAUGAUGAUGAAGAACUUCUUAUCCCUAACAAGAAGAGACAGACUUUAGAAACUCCGGAGAGUGCCUCUUCAGACACACCCAAGACAGGGAACACUGAUUCACCGAUUUCUAAAGAAGAUGAAGUUUUAGAGGAAGAAGAAGAUGAGUCUGAGGAGAGAGAUGUCAGUCACCUGUUUGCGAUGCCAACAUUGGCUUGUGAUAUGGAUGAACCAGAUGAUUCUGAAGAAGCACCACUGGCUGCUGAUACAACUGAAGACUCUACUACUGAUGAUGGUUCAACCCAGCCUUUAGAUGAUGGAGCCACACAAAUCGUGGAAGAACCUGUUCAAAAGAAUUCUGGUGAUGAUGAUGCAACACAACUGGUUCCCAACGUAGGAACUUGUGAGGAUCAAAAAGAUGAUGAUGCCACACAACCAAUCUCAGAAAAUAUUCCAUUUAGCAAAGGUGAAACGACAAAGAAAAUUAAAGUCACUCAAGUUAUUACAGAAACUGUUCAGGUUGCUGGAAAUGAAGAUGCAACACUCUGUGUUGGAGAAACAGUUCCUGUUGGUUGUGAGGAUCAAACACAAUUGAUUGAUGGUACAGCUGGUUUUGAUCCAGAAACAAAAGAUAAGCCAGAAACAAGCUCAGAAGAAGCAACACAGAUUUAUGAAACAGAUCAAACCAUUCCCAUAAAUGAUGUCAAAGCUGGUCCUGGUCCUGAUGAUGCCACACUUGCAGUUGGGGAACUAGAUGAUACAGCAACAAUCCCAAUUGAUAAUCUUAAAGAUGAAGUUGGAUUAGAGAAAGCCACCAAUAGAUAUGGUAGAGCUUCAAAAAGAGUGCCAAAGAAAAAAGGCAGAGGUGGCAAAAGCUCAGAUAUCAACACAGUUGAUGCAACUGUCCCAGUAGAAGACUUAAAACAAGAGGAAGAUGUAAACUUAGCUGAGGAACCAACACAGGCUUAUGGAGCAUCUCCCCAAAAGUCACCCAAAAAGCUAAGAGAUUCCUUCACUAGCCAAAUUUCUCCACUGAAACUUGACUGUACUGAUGAUGGUGAUGGAAUAGAUAUAGAUGCUACUCAACCUUAUGGAAAAUCUCCACCAAAGAAAUUAAAAAGCUUUCAAGAAUCUGCAGAUGCUACUCAAGAACUCAGUGAAGCUUCUACAGUUCCCUUAGAUGAAGUGAUUGAAGAUGCUACCCAGGCAUAUGGUGAUGGUUCUCCUGUGAAAAGUUCUGGGGAAAGGGGAAAAUUUAACAAGAAGAUUCCAGAAAAAGAAGAUUCAACAGAAGCUGCUGAUGAAUCUGAGUCUGAUGGAGACACUUUACCUGUUGAAGAUAUUGAGUUUGUAGCUGAUAGUGAAAGUCCUGAAGAUGAUCGACCACCAAUGAUACCUAUACCAUCUCGUUCUCCACAUAAAUCGGCUUUAGCCAGUCCGAAAAAACGAAGUCCGUCACCAUCACCUAAACGGGUAGCUUUUGUUGGGGUGACAGAUCAAACACCAGAAGAUGAAGAUGAUGAUUUAAUGAGUCCUGUUAUAGAUCGCAUAGUAGACUCUGAUACUCACUCUAAAAAUACUCCAGAAAGCACAGCAUCCAGAAGAGGAGGCAGAGCGAGGGGCAGAAAAAUUUCACCAGACAAAGAAAAGAGACCGAUUGAAGAGGUGAAAAGCCUGCCAGGGAGAUCAAGGGGUAGGGGGAGAAAGGGGCCUACUUUUGUUGAAAGUCCUGAAACUUCUACACCAGAUGAAAAAAUUAGUAAAAAUGAGACCAUUGUUGGUGGUGCUGCAGUGGAAACUGGUGAAUCACCAUCACCAAGAAAAAAUUUGACAGAGGAAUUGACUAAAGCAGUAGGAAGAAGCCGGAGGGGCAAAGCUGUAGAAAAAGCAAAUGCAAGUAGUGAGGUGGAAUUGGAUGUUGGUAAGACCGAUCAAGAUAUUACUGGUAAACAAUCAACAACUAUGAGAAGAGGCAAGAAAUCUGUAGUUGAGGCAGAAGAAACAAAAAAGAUAGACACUAAUAUAGUGCCGGAAAUAUCAGAAACUGUUGCAGAAAUUCCCCAGAAAAAAAACACGAAAAGAGGGCGGAAGUCAGUUCAGAAAGCAAAAUUAGAAUUGUCACCAGAAAAGUCAACUGAGUCUCCAGAGACAGAUGAUUCAGCAGUUGGUCCAAAGUCUGGUAGAAUCAGCAGAAGAUCUGUUGCCGACAAACAGAAAGAAAUUAAUGAAGAAUCUGCAGAGUCUGUUGGAAAAGUCCAACAGAAACCACCAACCCGAAGAGGUCGUCAGUCUCUUGUAGAAAAAAGAACCAGUUCUGCUUUGUUGAAGAAGAAUGAAAAAAUACCUGCAGCAUCUGAGUCUGCAGCUGAAGUUCCUGAAGCUCAGACAUCUAGAAGAGGUGGCAGAUCUGUGCUACCCACAGAAAAACAACCUGAAGAAGUUGAGGAAUCAAGCAGUACAAAGAGAUUAGAAGAUCUGCCAACUGAGUCUGUGACUGAAGUUCCAUCACAUGGUAAACGUGGACGCAAAUCGGUGGCAGGUAAAUCAAAUGAAAGCAAGACCGUAAACGUCUCGGAAGCAAAUAAAACUGCCCAGACAUCUAGAAGAGGUGGCAGAUCUGUGCUACCCACAGAAAAACAACCUGAAGAAGUUGAGGAAUCAAGCAGUACAAAGAGAUUAGAAGAUCUGCCAACUGAGUCUGUGACUGAAGUUCCAUCACAUGGUAAACGUGGACGCAAAUCGGUGGCAGGUAAAUCAAAUGAAAGCAAGACCGUAAACGUCUCGGAAGCAAAUAAAACUGCCCCAAAAGUUCCACAGAAGCAGGUGUAUAAAAGAGGACGCAAGUCGGUGGUUGAUAAAACUCCCAUUACCCAUGAAGUUUCAGAAACAUCAGCAAGUUCCUUACCUGGUUCUGAUUUCCCAAAAGGUGAAGAAUCAACAAAAGAUAAAUCCCAGGAAUCAGAGACUACAGGGCCAAUAGUUAGUGGUAGAAGGGGACGUCAGUCCUCUGGCAGAGAUCAAACAGUUGGUGAAGCUCAGGCUACCCAGCCAUCUCGAGGUCGAAAACGUAGAGGUCAGGAUGAUGAAGACCAAAUUACUGAACUGUCCAUUUCAGCUAAAAAAAUUAGUAAGAUAGAAAAUACAGAAUUAACAUCUUCCCAGGAAUCGGCUACUUCAAGUCCUAAACCAACAAAUCGUAGAGGUCGAAAAACGAGUUUAGAAGAUGUAAUCGAAUCUCCUACAAGUCGAAAUUCUCGAAAAACGAGCCCUCAAGAAUCAGGUGACACACCUGCGACUAAUCGUUGGGGGCGUCAGUCUUCUGGUAAAACAAAAGAUGUUGAUAAUAAUACGGAUCUCACAUCAAAUCAGACCCCAAAAGCUAAAAAACGUCGGGGUCAGGGAGAUGAAAGUCAGGAGAGGGAAUUAUCAGCAUCAGCAAGUAAAAUCAGUAAAAGAGGAGAUGGUGGAGGAUUAACACCAUCAAGAAUACGAUCAGAUCUUGAUGAAACGAUAUCGUCCCCUACAUUACGGAAAAAAGAACCUAAACCACGAGUUAUGUUUACAGGAGUCGUUGAUGAACAGGGAGAAAAGACUGUGAAAGAACUGGGUGGUACAUUAGCUGAUUCUAUACAAGAAUGUUCUCAUUUAGUCACAGAUAAGAUACGAAGAACAGUGAAGUUUUUAGGUGGUUUAUGUCUCGGGGUACAGAUUGUUAGCCCACAGUGGUUAGAACAGUGUAAAACAGCUGGAAUGUUUCUUGACAGCAGUAAAUAUAUAGUCAGUGAUAAAACAACAGAGAAACAGUACAAGUUUUUAUUACAUCAGUCACUGGACAUAGCUUCAACACAUCCCAUGUUACAAGGUUAUAAAAUACAUGUUACUAAAUCAGUUAAACCAGGCCCAGAUACCAUGAAAGAAAUAUUAGAAUGUGCUGGUGCUGAGUAUAUAAAAACAUUACCGAAGAAGAAAGAAGGUAAUAUAAUUGUUAUAUCCUGUGACGAGGAUAAGAAAUUAUGUCAACCAGCAGUAACGGCAGGGAUAGACGUUGUGUCAUCAGAAUUUAUUUUAACAGGAGUUUUACGACAAACAGUCGAGAUUGAAUCUUUUAGAUUAUUUACUACCCCAACUACAGCAGCAGCAACUAACAGUAAAACCGCUCCCAGAUCCAAGGCUAGAAAAAGAUGAUUUGUGAAAAAUGAAUGAAACAGCUAACAUCAUCAUUGUUGUAAUUCAUCAUUUCCUCGCGGAUAAAAGAAAGACUUUCAUUUUUUGGUUAUAACUCUCAUAUUGGUCAUUCCUUCAUGAAUAUUCAUCUGAAGACACACAUAUUAUUGGUCAUUCCUUUAUCGGAAUCCAUCCGUCUAUCGGCACACAUGUUAUUGGUCAUUCCUUCAUCAGAGUCCAUCCAAGAUCCGUCUGUUGGCACACAUGUUAUUGAAGUCUUAUUCAAGCGAAUGGGAGCUUAUCAGCAAUUACCAUAUUUCAAACAGUUGACAAUGACCUCUUAUGACCCAAUCCUGGCCUCUGGCCGGUUCGUUUCAAAAUGGAUUUGAAACCCUGCAUGGUAACAAGGAAUUUAUUGAAGGGAGUUCAGAGCUGAAAUGGAUGAGUAGGAAUGUUACUAUUCGUAGUAAGUUCAAAUAUUUCGAGUUGUUGAAGUGGCAUUUUAGCAAUUGGUCACAUGAAAUAAAACACAAAACUAAUGUAAUAGGAGUGACAUUCCUAGUAUGAUUCUUAUUGUGGCUUGAUAAUGACUAGAGAAUCAUUGUUUAUAUAUUGCACAGUAAUUGUAUUCCAUAAAGUGUAGUGUUUUAUUAAAAUAUUCUGAUAUUCACUUGCUCGUUACAAGCGUUACAACUUGUAUUCAUUUAACCCUUGUGGGUUCACGUUGUGAGAAUCACACAGCAGGUAUCAUGGGGACCCCAGUUAUAAUUCAAAGUUUUUACGUACCGAUAUAUUUGAAUUAAAAGGCAGUGGUUUAGUUUUUAUUUGCUUUCAUAUUUGACAACUGAAAAACAACUAAAUUAUUAUACAAAAACAUUUUAGUGACAUUUGGAAAAGAUUUAAUAAUUCUCACAAAAUUGCUACUUUGUGUACUAUGUGAUAAAGAGGUUAAAUGGCAAUUCAAGCUUGAUACACAAACCAUUGAAUAUUUGGAAUUCAUCAUUUAAUUUUUGGUAUUUGUAACAUGCAGAUGUUAAAAGAGAGAAUACUCUGGCAUACCCAAUAUGGUAUCAGGCAGAAACACAUUAGCAAAAUCCCUUCAAGCGUUGGGUCUGAUUUGCAUGUAACAUAACUCUGCAUGUGGGAAGCAGAUGGAAACCAAACUCUUCGCUACGUGUAAAAAUGUAUAGGAGACAAAGUCACUAAACUUAUAUUGUAUUUAGGGGGGUUGGAUGGCUGAUUGGUUAGUGUGUGCACGCUAUAUUAUAAGGUCUGUCAUUGAGUCAACUUCCCCGGUUGUACGUGACAAGGAGUGGGGUAGCCUGUCCAACCUUGCAGGUUUUCUCUGGGUCCUCUGGUUUCCUCCAACUGCUAAAGCCCCCUAGAUGCAAGCGAAUUAUUGAAAUAAAAUUGAACCAUAUGUUAGUCCCGAAAUGACCUAGUUUGUGUCGAGUAGACAUCAAACCCCAUUUCUCUUUCUAUAUUUUAGUUGAAUGAUAGUUUUGUUUAUUUUUAAAGAUGUUUUUAUAAACUGAAUUAUAUAUAUCUAGAUGUGAUUGUACAAUAUUUGAUUUUAUACAUUUUAACAGAUGAAUUUUAAAUCUAGUUGGGGUGUAAAUAAAGCUAGUACUUGGAACGUGGACACCAAGAAUUUUCAUAAAAAUUGAUGAAAAUAGGUGGCCAGUCUUUAGAUAGGUAAUAAUAUCUCGAUUCAUAUUUUAUCAGUUUUCAUCCUAUAUAUUUUAGUUAUUGUACUGUUGUAAAAUACAUCAAGUAUAUAAAUUGUAAAAUAUACAAAGCUAUUACCAGAAAAUAAAAAGAACUGUGAUAAAAUAUC